AUGAGUAAGGAUAAACAUAAAAAUGGGGUAGGUAUCGUAAUAGAUAAACACUUGAAAGAUUCGGUAGUUACAAUAACGAGAAAAGGAGAAUGGAUUAUUUCAGUUAAGCUUGUGAUCGGAGAGAGUAUAGUUAAUAUUAUUAGUACUUACGUAUCCCUAGUAGGCCUGGAUGAUCUUAUUAAAGAGCAAUUCUGGGAGCAAAUGGAUGACGUGGUUCAAGCGAUACCUUUUGGGGAGAAGCUAUUUAUACGAGGGGAUUUCAAUGGUCAUGUGGGAGUGCAUAAGCAAGGGUAUGAGAAGGUGCAUGGUGGCUUUGGAUUUGGUGACCUUAACGAAGGUGGUAGGAGGAUUUUAGAUUUCGCGGUAGCUUUUGACCUUAUAGUUGAAAAUACUCUCUAUAGGAAGCAAAAGGAGCAUUUAAUUACCUUUAAGAGUGGAGCCAAUGGAAGCCAAAUCGACUAUUUUCUUGCUAGAGGUGCAAACCGCUUGACAUGUAAGGAUUGUAAGGGCCUAAGAGGGGAGAAACUAGAGGUAUUCAAGGAAAGAAUGUCUCAAGAAGUACAGUGGGGAGUGGAAGGCGAUAGUGACAAUAUGUGGAAUACGAUAGCUGAUGAUAUUAGAAGAAUAUCGAAAGAAGUUCUUGGCGAGUUGAAGGGAAAAUGUCCAAUUUCUAAGGAGACAUUGUGGUGGAAUGCCUAG